AAGGCAGUGCCUUUUGUAGAACUGACAGUAGCUCACGCAUCAGUACUUACAAUACUUGCAAUUAGUUUCGAGCGUUAUUACGCUAUUUGUGAACCGUUGCGUGCAGGAUACAUUUGUACAAAAGCUCGAGCAACAUUUCUCUGCUUUCUGGCGUGGGUUUUUGCAGCCGUCUGUACUAGGUAA